GAUCCUCUCGACAAAGCUCAAGUACUCCUUCUGUGUAAUCUGUGUGAAAGAGCUGCAUUACAGAGUCAUUGUGAGCUUUGUAAAAUUAGCAUGUGUGAGGCCUGUGUUAUGGAACACCUUUCUGAUUCUUCCCGACAACACAUUAUAAUACCAUACAAAGAUAAAUCUCCUGCUACUAACUACCCAAAAUGUCCACAUCAUUCCCAGAGGCAUUGUAACUUUUACUGUUAUGAAUGUGACAUUCCUGCCUGUUAUACCUGCAUAUCUUCUGGCAAACAUCACCAGCAUAACAUAUCAGAUAUCAUAUGGGAAGUAAGUUCUAAAACAGAAGAUAUAAAAAGAGAUUUGAAUGAACUAGAAAAUAACAUAUAUUUCAUUUAUGAAGAAAUUGCAUCUGACAUCAAGGCUAAUAAAGUAAACUUAGAAAAACAUUCCGAAAAACUGACAGCAGCUGUCACUAAACAAGGAGAGGUCUUGCACAGGGAAAUUGACAUCAUUGUCAAUAAACAGAAAUCUGAAAUUGAUGAUACCAAAACUAAACUCAUGAUUGCUCUAAAUCAACAGGAAAAAGAAAUAAAACAGAAGUUAUCUGAACUUGAUAAGAGCAUUCUUAACCUUAAGAAAAUACUAGAAUCCUGUGAUGUCUCCUUAACCUCUGCCUACAAAUCAAGGAACGAUGAAUUCAGAAUUUUACCUCCUAAAAUUAAUGUUUCGCUUCCAGAGUCCUCCUUUCCAAACAUCAACAUAGAAAAGAUCCAUCAAAUGUUUGGUUCUUUGUCGACAUUUUCAAUUUCAAGAGAGGAACAUGGCUACUUCUACCUUAAGAAGAUACGAGAAUAUGCAUCCCGUCCUCCAGUCAAAAAUCUGCUCGAUGAACCAGAACUCAUAACUACCAUAGAGACGGGGUAUAUACAAAUCAGUGUUGCUUGUUUAAGUGAUGAAGAAAUCUGGACGCGAGGGAAUGUUAAUAUCAUGAAACUUUUCAAUUUGCAGGGUGAACUCCUGAAGUCAAUCCAAACGAGGUCUGGAAACAAACCACGUGACUUAGCAGUGACAAAGGAUGGGGAGCUUGUUUAUACUGACACUAAUUCAAGAACUGUAAACAUAGUGAAAAAUAGUCAGAUGCAGGAAUUGAUCAGACUGGAGAGGUGGAAGCCCUUCAAUGUCUGCUUCAGCGCAAAUGGUGAUAUUCUUGUCACCAUGGACAAUGAUAAAACAGAACAAUCAAGAGUCGUUCGUUACUCUGGCUCUACAGAGAAAACAAUCAUUCAGUUUGAUAGUGAAGGAGUUCCUUUAUAUUCAUAUGAUUGCCUUAAAUACAUGAGUGAGAACAGGAACCUAGAUAUCUGUGUAGCUGAUAAUGGAGCCAAAGCACUUGUGGUGGUUAAUCAGGCAGGAAAACUCCGAUUUAGAUACACUGGUAAUCCUUCUUCUACUACAAAACUAUUUGAGCCUCUGGGCAUCACGACAGACAGUCAGAGUCAGAUCUUGACAUCAGACGGCAUCAACUUUUAUAUCCAUAUACUAGACCAAGAUGGACAGUUCCUCCGUUACAUUGAGAACUGUCAUCUUAAUCAUCCGUUAGGUUUAUGUGUAGACACUAGAGACAACCUUUUUGUGGUUGAAUUGUUAAGUGGUAAAGGUUCUGUAUCCUGUCCUCCAGUCAAACAUCUGCUUGAUGAACCGGAGAUCAUCAACACCUUUGACACUGGGUAUACACCGCUAUACAGUGUUAGCUGUCUCAAUAAUGAAGAAAUCUGGACAUGUGGGUAUGACAAAAUAAUGAAACUCUACAACCUCCAGGGCAAACUACUUAAGUCAAUCCAAACCAAGUCUGGGAACAUGCCAUAUGACAUAGCAGUGACAAGGAGUGGACAGCUAGUUUAUACUGACCCUGGUUUAAGAACUGUAAACAUAUUGAAGAUUGACCAGCUACAGGAAGUGGUCAGGCUACAGGGGUGGAGACCUUACAAUGUCUGUAUUACCUCCUCUGGUCACCUCCUGAUUAUCAUGGACAGUGAUAAUGAUAAACAAUCAAAAAUCGUCCGUUACUCAGGCUUCACAGAGAAACAAACCAUUCAGUUUGAUAGUGAAGGUAAACCUCUGUAUUCAUCUCACCUCCUUAAAUACAUCAGUGAGAACAGGAACCUGGAUAUCUGUGUGGCUGACAGUGGUGCCAAAACAUUAGUGGUGGUUAAUCAGGAGGGAAAACUCCGAUUUAGGUACACUGGUCAUCCUUCUACUGACAAGGGAUCAUUUGGUCCAUGGGGCAUCACAACAGACAGCCAAAGUCAGAUCCUGACAGCAGACAGUGACAACCACUGUAUCCACAUCCUAGAUCAGGAUGGACAGUUCCUCCGUUUCAUUGAAAACUGUGAUCUACAGCGUCCGAUUUUAUGUGUAGACACAAGGGAUAACCUCAUUGUAGCUGAGUACUACAGCGGUAAAGUGAAGAAAAUCAAAUACAUGAAACAAUGUUUUAAUGAUGAUGAUACCAUGGAUACAUUUGUGAUUGGUGUUUUAUCCAGUAGCCAAUCUUACACAAUAUAG